AUGGUUGUCGAAGUUCAUGAUGUGGUCCCUCUAAAAAGAAAGUUCUCCAAGCAUGAUGAAAAAACAACUUCAGGGAGUAGCAAUCCACCAGGAAGCUGUCAACCAGCAAGGAAUCCCCCACCUAACCCUAUGCAAGGUGCAACACAGAAAAAUGCUACAAGGCUUGCAAAUUUCAUGAAGUUUGUGUCCACCUCUGGAUUCAAGCUUUUUGGUUAUAUUUUGUCCUGUGUUACAGAAUUAAGAGUAAUUCAGACCCUGUCCAUUUCCAUUUCAUUGAACAGAAGGAGGUAUGUAGUUGCAUGUAAGAAACAAUGGUAUAAGAUCAACAAGGCUGUUGCACAAUUUGCUGGUUGCUACGAUCAAGCUAGUCGAAAUAUUAAGAGUGGUUCGAACGCUGAUGAUAUAAAGGAGUUGGCUUAUAAAAUUUAUUCCACAAAUUAUGGUAAAAAAUUCACUUUUGAGAGGCAUUGGAACAUGCUUCAGUUGGAGCAAAAAUGGAGAAACCAACUACCUACACAGAGUGGCGGCUCAAAAAGAACCAAAGUUAGUGCAACUGGAGCAUACUCAUCCUCAUCAAACCUAGAAACACCGUUGGCUGACGAACCCGGUGUGGACUCUCCCGUUUGCCCACAAGGAUCAAAGAAGAGCAAGCGAAAAGGUAAGGAAAAAGCACAAAUGUCUGAAGAUUUUAGCAAAAAGAAAUCAUCGGUUAUUAAAAAAUUAUCUCUCAUGAAAGAUAUUAAGAAUGUUAGAGAAAAGGAACUAAUGGAUAGGGAAAAAGAAAGAGAAGAGGAGAGGGAACAUAGAGCAAAGAUUAUAGAAAUCAAAGAGAAGGAGUUACAAAUUUAA